AUGCCGCCGUCGUUAGUGUCCGGUCCGACCGCCGCCUCCUUGACAUUGAAGCUGGAGUCCACCGCACCCAAGAUCACCGGCGAAGCUACUGCCAGCGACGAAGAGCAGCACAAGGAUGCCAACAGCGGGUUGUCGCUACCCUCCUUCGGUGAAACGAGCUAUGUUCGCCACUGUUCAAGUCGUGUGUGUGGAUACGAAGUUCUCGGGGCUGCCGAUGGUUUUAAAUCACCGUUUUUAGUGUUUCCGAUCGGAACCUGCCACCGUAGUGGUUGGGUUGGGAGUAAUUCAAUGUCCAACUCUUGUUUACAAGUGCAUGUGUAUGUUUGCUCGGCUGUGAACAAAGAAAAACCACCACCGCCACCGUGA